GGGCGGUGGGACACUUGGAGCACGUGCCGCAGAGCUCAGCUUUGCUGCAACUUCACUUUUUUUUAAAAAAUCUGCUUUUCCUUUAUUGCUGCUGAAACCGUAGCAAACAGAAACCAUGGAAAGCCACCGGGAUGUUUUGAGGGCAGCAAGCGCCUAGCUAUCACAAAAACAGCUGGAUUUUGGGACACUCGCUAAGGAGAUGGAAGACAAGAAAACCAUCCAUCCCAACUCGCAGAAAACUGCACAAACACACAAGGAAGCCACGGGGAAUAAACCUGAACCUAGCGCUUCCUCGAGUUCCAGCAACUUUUGGCCCCCAAACGAAGAGAGUUUAAUCCGACUCUUGGUUGAUUUAGUCACCACGGCUGCGUCUACGGCUCAGAAGGCAAGAGAGAGUGAGAACAAAGCACAGCUAGCGUUUAAAUACUCAGAAGAGGUCCUCUCUUUCGCCAGUGAUGUGACAGAUCAUGCACAGAGGACUCUGCUGACAGCCAAAGCCCUGUCAGACAAGCUGCUGAAACACACCUCCUACCUGGAUUACCAACAGGUCUUCUGCUCUGUGCCCAACCUCUCCACCGAUUACACCACCUUCCUCAAGGUCCUGCAAGCCUCCAAAGCGGGCGACGAGAAAGGGAACACACAGCUGUGCCCCAAGAAGGGAAAAGGAGGAUCCAGACAUUCCCGAAGUGAAUCCAGGAGGAGAGACAGGGUUUGCGGGGUCCAGUGUGAAUGCGCUCACAGGGAUAGUGAGAGUCACUCUCAAAAGCGAUCGCAAUGCUUGGCCAGGCUGGGAGACAACUACGAGGGGACGAUAGAGGCGGAUGAUGAGAACACAGAUGAUGAAGACUGCAAACUGGGGAAAGACACGCACCAUCGCAAGUGCCAAUCGGACAUGGGCGCUCGGAAAACCUCUUCCCAUCAUAAGCAAGUGGAGACAGUCAGGAAGGAAGAGCACAUGGGAGGUGCCUAUGUCCUACACAGGCGCAGAUCCCCCUCGGACGGGCUGGCCGGUAUGGCGUCUCCCCUGCUCACAGAGGAUGAACUCACCACCAUCAGACCACCUCUCAGCCGCCAGGGCUCCUCCAAACUCAUCUACAAGGUGAUACGCCGAGACAAAGCCCAAGAGAAUUCAGACAGCGAUAUCGAACAUCUGGAGGAACCACCAACAUCUGCCCAGAUGCUCUCUCCAGAAAACAACAACGCAGCUUUAAACGCUCCUGUUAAGGCUUAGCAGCAAGACAGUGAUAAAAAGACCGAAACACAUCCUAUCGAAAUAAAACCUUAUUCUUACAUUACCGUUUUCAUUAGUUUCAUUCUGCUGGAGGUAAAAUGCCAUUUUACGCUGAACUGUAUCCAAUUCUACCUACCAUUGAUGCACAGUGUAACUUGAUGCACUAAACACAGGAAGGUGCAGGCUCGUGCGCCCCAUACAGAGGUGAUGCAACCGACACAGGAGACUUAUUGAAGCCAGGUGGAUAUUUUUACAUUUGAGGAGAGACUGAGAGAAGGGAGCAGCUGAUGGGAGAGCGAUGCCAGCAGAGGAAAAAGGGAGACGGAGACAACUGAAGAGGCUGUGUACUUGAUUCAGGCCAAAAAAAAGUCUACUUGGUUUGCCCUGUGCUGGUGGGAUUAACAUCAUCCUUUCCAUGUUGCUUGAUUUCCCUGCACUGUCUUGCUUUGCACUGGAGGCCCUAGAAGCAUUACAUUUGUGGGUAAGGUCACUAUGAAAUGAACAUUUGUGCUACGGGUGUUAAGUUUCUAGCUAAAAGCACUCAUAAUCAUGUAAUUCUUGUUUCUCUCAUCGCUGUAUAAAAUUGUGUCCAGUGUUGUUGCUGCUGUAAUUGUAGAUCUAAACUCUUGUUUGAGCAGAUUUGUUUUCUUCUGCUUUGUAUACGCGAUUGUUGAAUUUCACUUGGAGCAG